ACCAAGCAAAGUUGGAAGAAAACAUCAAACAUAAUUUUUCAUGGUUUGGACCUGGUCUCCGGGGAGAAGAAUCAAGAACCUGAGGGCAUUGGCUCGCCUAACGUAUCAUCCUUCUCCUCAGCUCUUUUCUCUAGGAAUUCGCCUCACGGCGCUCACUUUGUAGGUCGAUUGGGAGUGUGACAAGAAGCAACCACGAUUUUUCAAACUUGUCGAAAAAUGGCACAAAGUGCACCCUUGAUUUUGAGGAUAAUAGCUUCCUCCGUUAGUGCUGCGAAUCAAGCAGGAAAAAUAAUCCGAGAUGUUAUGAGCAAAGGAGAGCUUGGAAUUGUUGAUAAGGGCAAAAAUGAUUUGCAAACCGAAGCUGACCGUUCUGCUCAGCAGUGCAUAGUGAGCUCUUUAAGUUUGCAGUUUCCGUCAAUAAAAAUCAUUGGCGAAGAAGACCAGAGCAGCAACUCAUGCCCAACGCCGCCGGAAUGGUUGGUGACUGAAAGUGAUCCGAAUGUCUUGGGCCUGCAGUGUCCCAAAGAUCUGGAAAACGUUAAAGAGGAAGAGGUCAUAGUUUGGGUUGACCCUUUGGACGGUACAUCGGAGUACACGCAAGGUUUGCUUGACCACGUAACUGUUCUCAUCGGAGUUGCUGUUGGUGAAAAAGCUGUCGGCGGUGUGAUCCACCAGCCAUACUACGAGUACCAAAAUUUCGCUAAACCUGAGUUAUCCCCUGGAAGAACGAUUUGGGGAAUAUCUGGCAUCGGCACUGGAGGCUUUGACCCUAAAGUUGCCGAGGAGGGAAAGAGGAUAAUCACCACCACAAGGUCACAUUCCAAUGCUUUGGUUCAGGCUGCGCUGGACGCCAUUCAGCCUGACGAAGUUCUUCGUGUUGGCGGUGCCGGACACAAAGUUAUGCUGCUGAUGGAGGGAAAAGCACACGCAUAUGUCUUUGCAAGCGCUGGGUGCAAGAAGUGGGACACCUGCGCUCCCGAAGCGAUUUUGAGCGCUGCUGGCGGCCACCUGACGGACAUGCUCGGCAGGCCUUAUCAGUAUCAUGCCAGUGUCCAGCACUUAAACGCCUCAGGGGUCUUGGCAACGGCGCGCAAAGAAGAUCAUGCCUGGUACGCCAGUCGAGUUCCAGAUUCUGUGCGUGAGAAGCUUUCGUCUUAAAGAUGCGCUGCAUUCAAUUUAUUCCAUGGCCGCUAAGCCAGACAAUAGUGAGAUUUUUUGACUCAAAUGUUGUUAUUUUAACCUCCAUCCAAAUUUUAAAUUUGUGUUGUCUGUUCUACAAUUCAGAAAAGACAAUAAAAAUAGCCCAAAAAUUUUGGAAUAAAUAAUUAUUUUAAUUCA